AAAAAUUACGCGACAGCUUAUUUCCCUCUUUCCUUUUCCCUCGUCAUUUUUCACUCUCCCUCCAUUUCAUUUCACAAAACCAAAACCCUAAUUCCUAAUCCGUGAAUCCCUUUUUCCCUAUUUCGUGAACCAAAUGAGGAGAGUCUGGAUCAAGAAACAAUUAACUCUAUCCUUUGUUCUAACAAAGGCGUUCUCCAUGUUUUUCACUAAGCCAAAGGCUCCGCCGCGCCGGAAAUUGCCUCUGGCAGUGGCGAAGGUCAAAACCUCCAAAUAAACAUAUCAAAUUGCUCGCCUUGACUCAUCUUCCACAAUCUAAAAUCUUCUUCCUCUGAUUUUUAACCAAAUUCUCAAACCGAAUCGAAAUACCUAUGAACCCUAAUUCACGAAUUCAAAAUUAAACAUUGUGAUGAAGGAAUCAAAGCCUACAGUGUUAGGACUUUGAUUCCUCAGGUUCGAGGCUACAUGACUGCAACUUGAAUCAAGGAAAAAUGGAAGAAGAACGAAGAAAUACUACCUACGAGGAUGAGAAGUUCCCCGGUCUUGUAGGGAUUGAUGAAGAUGAGGAUGAACAAAGAACAAGCUCCACUCAGGUAACUCUGAAUCUAUUGCUCCUUAUUCUCUCUGAUUCUUUAUUUUUCUUCUCCAAUCUCUUUAGCCUAUAGGUUCUGACUAUCCUUGUUUUGUGGUUGUUGUUCUUGUGAUGUGUAUGAGAGAUACAGAGAGUUGAGAAUUUAAUGAGAGUUGAGAAUUUGAUGAGAGUGAGAGAAUUUGUGAUGAGCGAUUGGUGAUGAUUGAAAAAUGAUUAUGUGUAAAAAAAUGAUUGAAUGAUGAUUCUGCAGUGACCGGAAAUGAUUCCAUCCCUUAAAUGAUUGAUGAUGAUGUUGAUUUAUAGAGUGAGAGCGGUAAUAGUGUUUUUCUAGUAGUGUAAGUGAAGAAGAAGAAAAUGGAAAAGCAGAGAAAAAAGAUGAAUCAUCACCGAAGAUACUUUGCCUAGCGGAAGGGUUAUGGGAAGAUGCUGUUUUAAUAUCGCCGUUCUUCUUCUGGGGCACUGCCAUGGUGGCGAUGAAAGAAGUGCUUCCUAAAUACAGUCCUUUCUUCGUUUCGUCUUUUCGUCUCAUUCCAGCUGGGUUCCUUCUCGUUGCUUUUGCUGCUUCCAGAGGAAGGCCUUUUCCCUCUGGCUUUAAUGCUUGGCUUUCCAUUUCGCUCUUUGCUCUCAUAGAUGCUGCCUGCUUUCAGGGAUUUCUCGCAGAAGGGUUGGAGAAGACUUCAGCUGGUUUGGGCAGUGUUAUUAUUGAUUCACAACCUUUGACAGUGGCUGUACUUGCAGCUUUGUUGUUUGGUGAGUCCAUUGGAAUUAUUGGAGCUGCUGGGCUUGUACUUGGUGUCGUAGGACUUGUGUUACUGGAGUUACCUGCCUUAUCAUUUGAUGGGAGCGUCUUCUCACUGUGGGGAAGUGGGGAGUUGUGGAUGCUUCUUGCAGCUCAGAGCAUGGCAGUUGGCACUGUUAUGGUUCGUUGGGUAUCCAAGUACUCUGAUCCUAUCAUGGCAACUGGAUGGGUGCGCUUCAAAUCUCAUUUUAACUCGAUUUUGUUGACAAUUUUAUGUUAUGAAACUUAACUUAAUGAUUACUAUUCCUUUUUUCAAAUUCAAAAGUAACAUACAUUUAUUCAGAUGUACAGUAUUAAUAGCUAUUUUUUCGUUAUAUUUAUUUUUGUGCUGUUUGGACAUGUCAUCAAGCCUCUUUGUAUUACAGUUUCAAACCAGAAAAGAUAUCAAAUUAACAUAAGUGUGAAUUUGGAUA